AUGCUUCCACCCUCUGAUGAAAUUGCCACACACACCAUCGUGAGCGGCGAGAAUCAGCACAAGACAUCCCAAACAACAACUACCGAGAAGGAAAUAAUUUUGAGGGAUGAUUAUGAAAUCACUAGUGAUGAUCAAGACGAAGAUGAAGACUUGGAUUUGUUUGCAGAGGAAUGGGAAGAAGAUGAUGAAGAAUGUGCUGAAAAUGGAGACAUUAUCAUCGGGAAUUACUCUGAUGAUGAGAUGCUUUAUUCUCGCACCGAUCGCCCAUCCAGAGCACCCUAUCAACCAUCUUCUGUUGUGAUAGACUUGUCUUGCGCUGAUUUUCUUUAUGACUCUUCAGACGAUGCUUCCACGGAAGAGGACACCUAUGGUGAUGAAUCAACGUGCCUGAUUGAGCCACCUAACGAAAUUAAUCAGUCCAUUCAAACUCAUAUCGCCAAUUUUCAACAAAAUUUUAGAUUUAAUAAUCAAGCAAUAUUAAGAAAGUUUAAUGAUCGAGAUGUUACCUCGAUUCAAGAAGCCUUGAAAAUUCACAAAGAAAGGCUAGAGGAUAUCAAAGAGAAACUACUUGAAUCAGGAUAUAAUUCUCUCACUGCACUCGAUCCAACUUUAACAGAAAUUUGUGAACAUGAGUUAGCUUUACGGCUUCUUGAAAACCCAAUGAUAUUUUCAACUCGAAACGAUAUUUCCUUGAACACAAAUAAGAGAAAAUCCAAAACUGCUUCAUCGUCUAUUGUUAUAGAUGAUGGUGACUUUAUUGAUGACAGUGAGGUACCUGAAGAAUUACCAACACCAAAAAAACUGAAAAAGACUGUCAAAAAUAUUUUGAUUCUAAGCCAAGAAGAAAAAGAAAUAGCGAAGGAGAUUGUAAAAUAUAUUAGCAAAGACAAUUAUGAAAUGGUCAAAAAAUAUCACAAGCAAUUUUUAAUUGGCAAACUGUCGUAUGGUGUAGUGCUGGAAAGCAAAUUAUCGUACUACAUUAGAAAUAGAGAGUUGCAAAUUGUUUUAGACAAAGAAAGAAAGAAAUUAAAACAUCAAGAAAUGCAAUCAGAAGAAAGGCAAGAAACUUUGAUACAACAAGAAACGUCGUUCUCCUCACAAAGUAUUGGAUCGCAUACCUACAAAUUUCCUGAAUAUGCGAUGCUUCAUCAAAAGGAGAAAAACGCUCACUGUACUACUUUAUAUAACUAUAAUCGUCUUCAACCUCAAAAAAAAACCCUUCACUAUUUAGUAUUAGUUCCAAAAUCCAACAUUGAGCAUUUUUCUAACGAAUACAGAAGUCACUUUUUACCUGAACCAUUCACGAAAAUAAGCAUUAUCAAGAGCAAGGACACAUCGGAUAUAGAUUCAUAUCACAAUGGAGGAAUGCUGGUAAUGACAUAUGAUAGAUGCUUGAAUAUGUUGAAGGACUAUGAAACAGAAAAAAUUUUAGUUAACAACACAGAUAUAUUGGCCAUUGAUGAAGCCCAUGUGAUCAAAAAUAAGGAAACAGUAAGAUUUAUGCAAUUUUCAAAGUUUAAGAAAGCUCUAAAAAUAUUAGUGACCGGAACGCCACUUCAAAACAAUAUUGGAGAGAUGUUCAACUUAAUCCAAUUUAUAGAGCCUAAUAAUCCUUUUGUCAAAGUUCUGGAGCCUUACUUUCAGUCUCACUUCGUAAAAUACUUGGCCGAACACAAGCCAUUCUCUAAAGAUGGGCUAUUGAGAACUCAGUUGUUUAGACAUUACUUCAAAGAUCUUAUCCAUAGAGAGGUGUCCAUUAGAGAAUUGGAGUUGAUACAAGAAAAAAAGAAUGAUUUUAUUAUUGAAUAUACUCUUAACGAGACAGAAAAAAGUAUUUACAAAGAGAUUCUUGAUUUAAAGAGCCAGAUGGGAAGAUCUUCCUUUUUUUCAUCUUACUUUUACGAAAGAGUGUGUUUAGAUUGUUGUAGCUAUUUUUUUCAAAGCGAUAAUUCAAAGCUUGUAGAAGAAAUACGUGCAACAAGUUAUGAAGACGAACGGACAAAUAAUACAAGUUCUGUAUUCUUUGAGAAGAUUAAGGAAAAGCUACAAAAAUAUUCAUAUCGUAAAAUUGAGUGUUCUCGCAUACGCAUUUUAAGAUCAAUUGUCUCUAACAUCAUUUUAAGAGGAGAAAAAGCUGUAAUUUUCACUGGCUUAAUUUGUUAUGCUCCAACAGUUAAAGAACAGUUAGAACAAGACAAAAAGGUUCGUUGCGAAAUAUAUUCAGGAGAAUUGACAGACAAGCAACGAUCCGAUGUAUUGCAAAAGUUCAGAAAUGGAGAGAAGAACGCUCUGAUUAUUAGCAAAAAUGCUGGUGGAGUUGGAAUUGAUCUUACUACAGCACAACAUGUAAUUUUAUUCAAUCUUGAUUUCAACUAUUCAAAGGAUGAUCAAGCAAUUUUUAGAUUGUUGAGAAAAAAUCAACAAAAAGCGGUGACCAUUUACAGGUUGGCAUGCCAAUCCUCGAUUGAUGACAAAUUAUUGGAAAUUCAACAAAACAAAAAAAUUGUAUCUCAAAUGGCUCUGGAUGAAAUUGCCAGCAAACCCUCGGAUUGUGAGAGUUGUGUUGACGAGAAAGUUUGCAAGAUGGUUUUUCAAACUUCUACAUUAACCAGCUCCAUGAAAAAGAUCAUAAAAAGCAUCCGUAUAUUCAAUCCAACCGAUACACAAGAAGGAGUCACUAAGGAAGAAAUUCAAACUCACAAAGAAUUGUUCGAAAAAGACACAACUCAAGUAAAACUUAUUUAA